AUGGCAGAGGUUCCACCGGAAAGGUUUCGUAUCCCCUCCAUCAAGCUCUAUGACGGAAGCACAGAUCCCUAUGACCACGUUGAGCUUUUCUCCUCUCACAUGCUGGUGCAAUCUGGGUCGGACACGAUGUGGUGCCGAGCAUUUUCGACUACUUUGGGAGGACAUGCCUGGACCUGGUACUCCUGCCUUCCCCAUCGUUCCAUCAACCGCUGGGAAGAGCUGAAGACCUGUUUCUUAGCCCACUACGCUCCCUUGAAGCACCACCGAAAGUCUUCCAUGGCUCUGAUGAACAUCAAGCAGAACCAGGGUGAAUCCCUAAGGGAUUUCGUGGCUAGGUUCAACGAAAAGGCGUUAAGUAUCGAUGAGUUUGACCAGCGAAUCGCAAUGGUGGCUCUUCAAAAUGGCUUGAGAGCUGGGCCAUUUGCUCAGUCCUUAGCCAAGACUCCGCCUCGUACUUUCACAGAGGCCCUAGCCCGGGCUAAUAAGUACAUCAACGCUGAAGAAGUGAUGAAGGUGAAGCGGGCGGAACAACCUGAUAGGAAGGAAAGAGAAAAGGAGAAGAAAAAGCCAGUAGCAGAGCAGAAGACGGACUAUCGCCCCUCCUAA